AUGCAAUUCCAAUCUGUUGUCGCCGUCGUCCUAGCUGCCACCGCUGUCUCUGCUCAAGGUGUCUCCAACUCUACUGUCUCCAACAGUACCGCUGUCUCCAACUCCACCUCCGGUAACUCUUCCAACAACACCAACGGCACCCACACCACCUCUUCCAAGAUCUCCACCGGUGCUGCCAUUGCUAACUCCAUGAACGUCGGUACCCUGGGUGCUGCUGUCGCCGCCGGUAUCGCUUUCUUAUUAUAA